AUGACAACAACAACAACAACAACAAUAAUAAUAACAAUAAGUACUACAACUACGACGACGACUACUUCGACUACUUUCACUACUACUUUCACUACUACUACUACAACCGCCACUACUACUACAACCGCCACUACUACUACUACUCCUACUGCAACAACUACUACCACAAUCACAGCAGUAAAUAGCACAAGCAUUCCACCAAGUAAAUCACAAGGUUGCUUUGCAUCAAACGUCACUGUACGUCUAGCUAAUGGACACUUGAAACAAAUGAGCGAUCUUUGUGUAGGAGAUUUAGUCUUUGUCAAAAGGGAAAAUCAAGUUAUAACAAGUCCGGUCUUAGCUAUUUUUCGGCAUGAUAGAAGUUCAAUUCGUUUUGUCGACAUUUAUACAACGGACUCUAUUAUCCCUCUUCGUUUGACACCAUUACAUUCAUUAUUGGUUCGUCAGAAACAUGAUAAACAUGAACGUUACUUCUUUGCAAAAGAUGUAUCAGUUGGUAGUCAUGUUUUCUCAUCAGAUUUACGUGCAUUGACAGUCAUCGAUGUAAAAGAAAUUUUAAUUUCUGAUGAUAGUGGCUAUGCUUUAUUGACAUUUGAAGGUAAUAUUAUUGCUAAUGACAUUGUAGCUUCGUGUUAUGCAACUUACGAUCAUUCAACAAUGCAUAUGAUUACUACGCCUAUGCGAUGGUGGUUUCUCAUUCUAUUUCAAUUACACCAAUUUAUCGCAUUUGAUUAUUUGCAACAGUUGACAAGCAAUAUUAUUGUUUCUUUCGUUGAUUUCUACCUUCAAUCAAUUUAUUAA